AUGGGGGCGAGGAGUGGUGUUGCCGGGGUAGUGCAGGAGAGCCCAGCGCCGCCGGGUUGGCCGCGGCCUGCGCCGCCAGGUAAUACGGGCAGUGGCGGGUGCCGGGAGUCGCUGGUCGAGGCCGCACCUGGUGGAGGAGGGAUAGACCGCGGGUGGGUGCGCGGCACAGCGCAUGGCCCGGGAAAGAUAAUCCGUCGCCUCCGGGUCAGACAAGUUGGGAGGGGAGCCGCGGCAGCACCCCGCGGGUCGCCGAGCCGGGCUGGGCAGCAGUCCCCUGGGCGACGGGACCGUCAUGACCGAGUGGCGGCCGUGCUGUCAGCCCGCGGUGCACGCUGGCGCCCAGCCCCGCUGCCCUGCGGAGGCAGCCCCCCGAAGCCUGGCCUAGACCCUCUGCCUGGAGCGAAUUCUCAGGGCGGAGAACUAACGAAAUCGAGGCUGGUGCUCCAUCGCGCCCUUAACGGCAUCCACUUCGCCUGUGUCACCCCGCCCAGGUGUUCUUGUCCCGGGAAGAUGCACGCAUUUGGAACAGAAGCAGCAGUCUUUCUGGAGCGGCUCUUUGGGGUUUUCAGCGAGCGCGUACGGCGUGGGGAUGGGCGGCUUGCGCAAGCCUGUGUGCCCCAGCUGAGCCAGUGCCAGGGAGAUGGCCCUGAGAAGGUGGAAGCAAUUCUUCAGCCGCUGGUAACUUAUCCCCUGGGGUUGAGAAAACUGUUUCAGUUGCUCUUCAGUGAGAAACUGAACUUUGUUGUUCUGGGAAGAACUACAGAAAGAUGUCUCUGAGGAAGUCCUUAAGGAGCUGUUUGUAGCAUUUGAGUGCACCCAGAACUCGCAUAUCACAGGAUAAGAAGAGAUGACUACUCUCACAGAUUCAGUUUGGAUGUUGUUUCAACUCUCCGGAAGCUUUUGCUGCGGGCUCUCCAGAGGGGAAGAGCCAUGUUGGAGUUCUUCCAGGAGGAACAAGGCAGACACAGCUCCUCGCUCUAGCAGUAUUGCUCUCUACAAAACAUCUUUAUUGAAUUUCUUCGUGACACCUUGAUAUCUCUGCAGAGGCUUCAGUGCAGUUCUGAGACUUCAACAGAAUUAAAUCAAAGAGAAUUAGCAGAUGCAAUUUACGCCACUCUUAGCAUAGUGACUUUUGAGGUGGGGAAUCAGGCAGAUGAAGUACGACACCUAUUCAGGGAGCUCUUGGAUGUAUGCUGGGAGGAGGGAAGCCCACUUAGAGAGAAGCACCUACUAAGCUGUAUGCUGAGGAAAUGGAGCCGUAGCCUGUUAAACCUGUGUAGCAGUGUUCUCAUAGAGACAAGAGAAAAGUUCCUGGUGUCAAAAUCAAUACGAAAAGGUUUGGUUUAACUUUUUGCUUUGUUUUAAUUUCUUGUUUAGCAAAGCCAUUGAGGUGUUAAACAGGCAAGCUGACAGUAAGUCAUCAGCAGUGCUCUUGCUAAGGUGACUUCACAAGCCAGACAGUCUUAGAAAAGAUGAUGCUAAAAUGAAUUAAAGCAAGGAAUUGGCAUUUCUGCAGUCUGUGCUGUGUUCUUUUGUGAGCAUUACUAUCCUUUGUAGUGUGCUUUCAAUCUGCUCAGAAUUUCUCCUGCUGAAGAUCUUGCUUGUGACUAGAAAAUUGAGUCUUCAUAUGUAUAUUAGGUUUUUAUUGGUUCAGCUCCAGCUUGGGGUCAUCUGUGUUGGAGGAUGUUCCAUUUCAGGCCAGUAACACUUCAGCUACCUCAGUAAUCUCAAAAUGUUCAAACCCCUUAAUAGUAAAAAAGAAAACUAGACAUGGAAGGAGAUAUGGAGUGGGAAAGAUGAUGCAGUUCAAUUACCUACCUGCUUUGCCAGAGCCUAGUUGUUGGUUUUGCACAGGCUGUAACUUCACAGCUUCUGUCUCCUCAACUAAAUGUUGCAGUCACAGAGAGCUAAUGGCAAGUGUUGCCUAUGCAAGGAGGGAAAAGCUAGAACACCUAUCCUCUUUUGCUUGCUUUGUACACGGAGGUGUAGGUCAGUGAGGUUUGUAUCCUCUCUCCUCCCUUUGCACAAAUGGAUAAGGGAAGUUCAGGUUGAUAUGGCAGACUGGCAUUUCUGAUAACAGCUAUAGUUAGUGUUUCCAUGUGGGGGAAAAGAAAUGGAGAUAAGGAUGCCUUCACUCUUAAUGAGAGUAGUUCAGUUCUCCUUUUGCACAGACUAAGAAGUUCCUGUGCUGGACAAACCUUUGCUAAGGCCCUACAAAGCAGCGCAACAUGUCAGAGCACAAGUGAGAAUUCCUGCAACAUACAGAUAAAUUGCAUAUGACUAUAGAAAGGCAGCAUGACCUGAGCUCAUGCAAACAACCUGUGUGCUCAGCAGGCUCUGGUUACCUUAACUGUCCAGACAGUUUCUUGGUGUGUUCAUUUUCUAUCAAGUUUCUCUCUGGCUUUCUUGUUAUCCAGUAACAAUAUGUGAGAGUCUUAAAUGUUAACAUGUAAUACAUAGUUAAUAUUUGAGGGACUGUUGAAUGUUUCUCAAUUUAAAUUAACAGCAAUUAUGCUUCUUUCAAAAGUGCCUCUCUGUAAUGGAAGGUAGUCUUGUCGUGAUGUUUUUUAGGUUCAUCUGAGCAGCUGGAUACAGAAUGAAUUGUUUUGAGUUUAUUUUUGGAAGACAGCCUAUUUCUACUGCUUGAGCUGCAGCAAGCAGUUUUUUGGAACAGAUUCUGGUACGGCCAUAAAAUCAUUAAGAAGGUGUCAUGGUUUAGCGAGGAGUCGCUUUUGCUUGGUAAUGGGGAGGGGGUUGCAGUGCAGACCUGGUAAAGAGUUCUCAGGCUCUCCCCUGGCUUUUGGGUUCAGACCCACCUCUUGGCCUGGCUGGGCGAAGCUGGGGCCUCUGCCUUCACUAGGGACAGGAAUUUGAAGUGCUUGGGAGGAGCUGUAAGAGCGGUACGAGAUGGAGGUGACCACAUGGACCCCACAGUCAGAGAAAGAGGAAGGAAAGAGGAACAGCAGACCAGAGACCCCUCUGCAAGCUGUGGUGAGAACGCAGCUGUGCCCCUGCAACCCAUACAGGGCAGUGGCAGGACUGAGAGCCACCAGCAGCUCCAUGUGAGUGCACCUGGAUGGGUGAGAGACUGUGAGGAGGUGGCCAUGGUGCAGGUCGUACUGGGGAGCCUGUGGGCCACAGAGCAGCCCCACACGAGAGGCAGAGAGGAGCUGCAGCCUUUGGGAUGAACACACAUUGGAACUGCCUGUGCAGGGCUGCCGGGUGUGUGAGGUACCCCACGGACAUGCAGGGAGGACUGGUUUGGUGCUCACCUGCCUGACUGAAACCCCCAUUCCCUUUGCUGUUCAGUGGGGAAGGUGAUAAAGACUGAGCCCAGGAGGAGGGGAUGGGUGGGGAUAAGGUGGUCUUAAAAGGCUCAUUGUUCUUUUCCUUGUUGUACCACUCUGUUGUUUUGUGUUGGUUAUGUUUUGGGGUUUUAUGACUAUAUUUUAGUUGGUGGUGGAUUAAAUGAUUUUCUGUUUCUUCCCCAA